AUGAAGUCUUUUGUCCUCUUCUUCACCGUCGCCAUCUACUGUAGCCAUGCUGGAGACUUGACUAUCGUCAACCAAUGCACUGAUCCGGUGUAUGUAGUCAAGACUGUCCCUGGCGGUUUGGAGACAAUUCAAUGUUAUCUGGCAGUCGGAGAGUCUUGUGUCCAAAGCUACACCACUGGCGUCAUGAACUUCCGUCACAACCUCGGAUCAGGUAUGUCAUCUAUUAUAGUAGCAUCUACUAUAAGAAUAUGUAUUAUGUCAUCUAUUAGUUAUGACAUUGUUUAUUAUAUUGUUGUAGGUCACACCAUCUCUGAGUUUUCCUUCGGCAACCCAAAUGGCAAUGACAACUAUGCCUUGAAUGUCAUUGAAGGCUUCGACAUUGGAAUGCAGAUCAUCCCAGAGAACGGUGGCCACGUAGCUGAAUGUGCUACUGCGUAAGUGACAGUAAUUAAACUUACAGUAACUUAUUUACAGUUUAUUCUCUAUAUUAUAAUCAUAGUACUGGACUUGAUAGUUCUAUUCUAAUAAGAUUAAUACUAUUGUAGUGACUGUGUCGACGCUUACCACAGCUCUACCGACAACCACACUUAUGGUGUACCGUCUGGUACCCCUUUCACCUUGAACUUGUGCCAAUUUGACGAUGUUGACUCAUCUUCUGUUGCUUCUGCUUCCUCAGCUCCAGCUACUGCUCUGACCAUCGUCAACCAAUGUACCGACCCUGUUACCGUAGUAAAGACCGUCCCCGGCGGUCUUCAGACCGUGCAAUGUCAAUUGGCUGUGGGAGAAUCUUGUUCCGAGACCUACACGACUGGAGUCAUGAACUUCCGUCACAACUACGGAUCGGGUGGGUUACUGUAGAUAUUGUUGCUCUUCUUGUGGUGAUACGUUAUAAUAUAUUUGUAGUAAUAUAUUAAUGUAUAUAAUAUGUUUAGGUCAUACCAUUGCUGAGUUCUCCUUCGGUAAUCCUAAUGGUAACAGUAACUACGAUCUAAAUGUCAUCGAAGGGUUUGACAUUGGAAUGCAGAUCAUUCCAGAGGACGGAGGGCACGUUGCUGAAUGUGCUACAGCGUGAGUAUUACUAUCAUUGACUUUAUAAUACUUUGCGUUACCGAACUACUGUAGUAUCAUACAACUAAUAUUAUGGUAGUGAUGUACUUUGGUACUUUUAUAGUAAGAUUAUUUACUAAUAUGAUUACUGUAGUUUUGCUUUAUAAAACGAGUAGUUAUUGAUAUGAUUGUAGUGACUGCACUGACGCAUACCACAGCUCAACUGACAACCACACCUAUGGCGUUCCUGCUGGAAACCCCUUUACCUUGAACUUGUGCCAAUUUAGUGACGCGUCUGGUACCGCCUAA